AUGGUGACUCGUGAGGGUGACAUCGGCGGGCUCCUUGCGGUGGUUAUGACCCUCCUUCCCUCGGCAGCAUCAAGCGGCGACGGCAAACCCCAGUGCCACCGGCGCAGCAUCAUCCGACAAGCUCGUCAUCGGUCUCCUCCGUCUCCGAUCUCGCGUGCCUUCCUCGCCCUCGUCGUCACUAGCGGCAGUAGCAGCAGCUCCCCGACCUGGACGUCGUCGCCGCUCCGUCUCUUGUCGCUGCCUCGCAAUCAGUUUCGUGCCGUCAUUGCGCCCGUCGACGUCGAGAUAGAAGCAGCAGGUCCUCGACUUCCUCCUCGCCUUCAGCAACUCCUCGGCCUCCUUCGCACAACCUGGUCCCAAUCCGUAGAUCGAGUAGGUGCUCUUCUCUUGGAAGCUUUUAAUGCAGCAAUUGUCAAUGGUGGGAGGAAAGGAGGAAUAAUCAUUCAAAGAUUUCAUGAAGCAAUAAAUUUUUCUCCUGAUCCAACGUGA